AUGGGGACGACUGACGAUACGGGCCUAAGUAAUAACGAUGUCUUUACUUUCCCGAAAAUUAAAAACAGACUGCGUGGUCAAAGGUUCCAGUCACCAGGCGAAGCAGUUGACGCAUUCAAAAAUGCCGUUUUGGAUCUGCUAGCAAACCACUGGAAUAAGUGCUUCGAAAAUUGGUUCGAGCGCAUGUGUAUUAAUCUUCGUGGAGAAUACUUCAAAAAACAAUAA